UUUCUCGGCGCAAUGGCCAUCGAACAUCCAACGAGCGUUCCUCGUCCGAAAGAAUCGUACAUCUUCGUACAAAGACGCGCACGAAAUUAAGAAGUGGGGGCGUGACGUUUGGUCUCGCUGCUCUUGCUGAUGUGGAAGCCGAAGAGUCGCGGAUCGCGGAUAAGGAAACUCGUUCUUCGCGUUUGUUUCGCGAAAGACGCCGCUCGACUCCAGCUGAGUUCUUGCAGUUGAUGAUUCCGUCUUUUUUUUCACCUCGAUACAUUUUCGUCUAAUGCCACAUCUCAUGUUUCUGCAAAUUUUAUUCGGUUUCUCCAUCCUGGCGACGGCGAUCCCAAAGCCGAACGCGGAGCGUGUUAUAAACAAGGGUUUGAGCAAUGAAGAUCAUUACAUCAACACGCAACAUAAUCCAGCCUACGAUCACGAUGUUUUCCUUGGAGAAGAGGCUAAAACCUUUGAUCAACUUACUCCUGAAGAAAGUACCAGAAGAUUGGGGAUAAUUGUUGAUAAAAUAGACAAUGACAAAGAUGGAUAUGUGACACAAGAGGAGCUUAAAGAUUGGAUAAUGUAUACACAUCAGCGCUACAUCAGGGAUGAUGUAGAACGUCAGUGGAAAUCUCAUAAUCCAGAUGGAAAAGAUAAAAUAUCUUGGAAAGAGUAUUCAGUGAUGGUUUACGGGGAUAUAGAUGAUUAUGAGAAGGAAAGACAGGAUAAAUCAGAUGAUGACUCUUUUUCAUAUCUUCAUAUGCAGAAAAGAGAUCGCAGAAGAUGGGCCGCUGCGGAUUUGGACGGGGAUGAUGCUCUGACCAAGGAAGAAUUCACUUCUUUCCUUCAUGCUGAACAAGUAGAUCACAUGAAGGAUGUGAUAGUGCUAGAAACAAUGGAGGAUAUUGAUAAAGAUCAAGAUGGAAAGAUAUCUCUUAUAGAAUACAUUGGUGAUUUGUACAGAGGCACUGAGGAUGAAGAUGAGCCAGAAUGGGUGAAGAAUGAAAAAGAACAAUUUUCCUUGUAUAGAGACAAAGAUGGAGACGGUUUCUUAAAUACCGACGAGGUGAAAACAUGGAUUAUACCCGCGGAUUUUGAUCACGCAGAGGCAGAAUCCAGGCAUUUGAUUUACGAAGCAGACACAGAUGCGGAUCACAAACUCACAAAGGAUGAAAUUUUAGAGAAGUACGAUAUAUUUGUCGGAUCUCAGGCGACAGACUUUGGCGAAGCGUUAACAAGACAUGACGAAUUUUAGCGAAAUGUAAUCUCAUAAAAAAAGAAAAGAUAAUUAAUGAACAAAUUACUUAUAACGCUUAUACUUAAAAUCUCCUAGUUCAUAAAUAAUUUUAUAAGAUUCGGAGAUUCUCUAUUUAUAGACAGAUCUAUUUACUCCAACAAAUUGUUUUUUUAUAUUG